AUGAAUGGGGACGAAUCGAAUGAAUAUAAAAAGAUUCGUGCGUUUGCCUCUCUGCCUCGUACUGUUCGAGGCUUCCCCACGGUGAUCACUUCAAGCCCAAAAGGUGAUAAAAUCAUUUACUGUAAUGGCAACUCUGUAUUCAUCGUUGAUGUUGAGAACAUUACCAAUGUAGACAUCUACACUGAACACCCAGUUGCGACCACCGUUGCUAAGAUGAGUCCUAGUGGCUUCUACAUAGCUUCCGGAGACAGUGCGGGUAAUGUGCGUAUAUGGGAUACAACACAGUCCACACAUAUUCUGAAGGCGACCUACCAGGUAUUUUCCGGAAGUGUCCGUGACAUUGCAUGGAACGAUGACAGCAAACGAAUUGCAGCAGUUGGAGAGGGGCGAGAAAGAUUCGGUCAUGUAUUCUUGUUUGACACUGGUACCUCGAACGGUAACCUUUCUGGGCAGUCUCGACCCAUGAGCAGCAUCGACUUUCGUCCUACUAGGCCUUACCGUCUUAUUAGCGGUUCGGAGGACAACACUGUCGCAAUAUUCGAAGGACCACCGUUCAAAUUUAAGACGACCUUCCAUGAACAUUCUCGAUUUGUUCAUGUAGUGCUGUUCGAAGGAACAGAAGGGACUAAAACCGGUGAAUUGAUUGAUGGGUCUGUGAAGACAGGAGCUGCUCAUUCUGGAAGUGUUUUCGGUUUGGCUUGGUCACCUUGUGGCAAGCGGAUUGCUACAGCCUCCGGAGACAAAACAGUGAAAAUCUGGAACGUGCCUGAGAAAACGCUCGAGAAAGUAGUCACUUUCGGAGACUCUACCGAAGAUCAGCAAAUUGGUAUUUCAUGGAGCCCGAAAGCCCUCGUUUCGGUCUCGCUUGCAGGGUUUCUUAGCUUUAUUGAUACUUCAGGGAACAUAACUAAGGUCGUUCAAGGUCAUAAUAAGGGUAUAACAGCACUAGCCCUCUCUUCAUGCAAGCGAUUUCUGAUCACAGCAGAUUUUGAGGGUCACAUGACACGUUGGAAUGUUUCGAAUGGGGAGUCAUUCCGCAUACAGCCGUCACUUCACAACUCGCAGGUGGUCGGCUUGACUGUUGGACGUGAUGAACUGUUGAUGAGCUGCGCAUGGGAUGACACAGUCCGUUUUACACAUGGUGCCGUGAGCAGUAACGACUCCAUAAAAUCAACUAGCGUGAAGUUGCCAUCUCAGCCACAAGGAAUGGCUACUUCACACGAAGGCAAUUCAACUGUCAUCGCGUGUUACAAGAACAUAUUGGUGUUUGAGGGUGAGAAGUUGUCAGUGGAUCUUGGCGUGUCCUUCAAUCCUUCUUGUGCUGCCAUAUAUGGUGAUCUCGUCGCUGUUGGUGGGCAGGAUUCAAAAGUCCAUAUAUAUUCAUUCUCUGGAGGGGCUCUGCGAGAAAAAACAGUCAUUGCACAUUCAACCCCCAUCACACGAGUUGCAUUCUCUCCAAAUGGAAAAUACUUGGUUGCAACUGACAGCGGUCGUAAGGUGGUUCCUUAUUCUGUAGAUGAUUUCAAAACAAUCGCUCAAAAGGAGUGGACUUUCCAUACUGCCAAAGUGAAUUGCGUGGCGUGGAGUCCUGAUAACCGUCACCUGGCCACUGGUGGACUUGACACAAACAUCAUCGUUUGGGAUCUUGAACGCAGUGGAGAACAUCCCAUCAUUAUUCGAGGUGCACACCCAAUGUCACCAGUUAAUGGACUUGCAUUCUUGAGUGCUGAUGAACUCCUCAGUGUUGGACAGGAUGCAAACGUGAAGCAUUGGAAAAUCAAUUUGCAAUAG